UUUUCACUCGGUUUUCAAGGCGUCAGCUGCCGGUUUCAUCGCCUUGGAGGGAUCGUGUCGUAAUAUUCGCUGUGCUCUGGUUGUUGAUUGCGGUUUCUCAUGUGUCACUGUAGCUCCAUUCCUUGAUGGGAAGGCCAUUCAACAGGGCAUCGUACGGAUCGAUGUUGGUGGAAAAGUACUGACAAAUCAACUGAAGGAAUGGAUAACAUAUCGUGAUCUGAAUGUUCUUGAAGAAACAUACAUUAUGAAUCAGUGCAAGGAAGAUGCCUGUUUCGUUUCUCUGGAUUUCAAUAGGGAUAUGAAGACAGCAAAGUAA